AUGGUUGCGUCUGAAGACAGAGAAGACCCUGACAUCACCCCUCUUAUGCGACGUCACAAGGAGAAUGCACCGCAAGGGUCUAGCAUCGACCCUUGGCAAUUAAUGGUAGCACUAGAAGAGGAGGAGAGAAAAAGAAAAGAAGAAGAGGAGAAGCAAAAAAAGAUGGAGUGGAGCAAGCUCAUCAUCACAGAAGGGAACAGAAGAAGAAGAUUAGAAUUUGAAGAAAUACGAAGCAAUAACGAGCUUGCCUUACUUGAAGGGAUCCGGAAGCGCGAGGAGGAUCAGUGCAUAUUGUUGGCCUCUAAGAAGUUCGAAGAAGAGUUUGAGACAGAAGAGAGAGAGACAGAAGAAGAAGAAAGGAGAAAGAAUGAAGAAGAGGAAAGAUUGUGUGUGGAAGAGAAGAGGAAGAAGUGUAAAGCAAACAAAAAGUGCUUGCACAAAAGUAAGGGCAAAGAACUCGUUGAACGCGAGAAAGAGGAACAGCGCAAGGAGCGGGAAAAGAGAUUAAGGCAAGCAGCCUGCCUUGCGCAAGUAAAAGGCAAAGACGUAGUAGAGAGCAGCGAGCCUGCAUCGGCCAAGAAGCAAUCAUCUAAGAGAAAGGAGAAUGAUGAUAUGUUGAUUGAUAUGGGCUUCUACUCUAUGCCGACCCCACUACCUGAUCUCAUCACGAGAGUAGUGGUGGUUGAAGAAGAAGAUAAAGGGAAUGAUGUUCUGGUCCUAGAGACUCCGAAGGCCACCAUCAUCGCAGAAAUUUUUGAUGAACCUCCACAAAUGGAAGAAGAGGAUAUUGCAAUCAUCGAAGGAGAAGCAAUUGAGAUCGCAGUUGAAGAAGCCAGAGAAGUGGAAGUUGAGUUAAUAACCCUUGACCUUGCGAUGGAGAAAAUUGUAGGGGGUGUGCUACCAAAACAAGCCAAGAAGGAAGAGUUGAAGGCAGCUGAGGCAAAGAAGGAAGUCGGAGCUAGAUUGAAGAAGGCAACAGAGGCUGAGAAGGAAGAUAAGAAGAAGAAGAAAAGUAAAAAGGCUGGAAGGGCGGAGUCAUCGCAUCAUCACAAAUCAAGAAAAAACAAAGAUAAAAAGGAUGAUAACGAAGACGAAGAGGCCAAGAAGAAGAGGAGAAAAGAGAAAGAAGAGAGAAAAUUGCGCUGA